AUGGCUAGUCGUGUAGUGGUGAUUGACAAGGACCUGCUCAAGGAAGAUCCCAACACCAGCUUUCAAGUCAUCAUUAAGGUCUUGACUAGCGCGUGGAUGCAGCGUCUAUGGACGCUACAAGAAGCAUAUUUGAGUCGACGUUUGUUUAUCGCAUUCAGGGGCCCAGAAGACCCAGCAGGAACCGGUCUAAGUCUCACACAGUCCGAGCAGAUUGGAGUGACAUUAGAAGACGUCGACAAACGAGUGAGAGAUCUCGAUCGACUGCAAAAAGACGCAUUCACAACAUCUAUGGCCGAGUUGAUAAAACGAAAGUUCUUCCACAAUUUGAUGGGCGAGGAUAGACAAAUCCGCAACCGUAAUGAUCAUCCAAUAGAAACUCGGGGGUCUAUGGUAAUUGCAAGUGCUUGGAGAUCCAGCCGAUGGCGUAACACAUCGAGACCAGAGGAUGAAACAUUGGCUUUGUCGACCCUGCUCAAUCUAGACUACCGUACUACCACCAUCGAGAAUGCAUCGGCAAAGGAGCCUGCGGUUAUUGACAAGGCCAUCGACGAGAACAACGUUUGGCCUAGGAAAAAUGGAGACGCGAACCAGAAAACAAAGCGUGCGAAUAUGAUGAAAGACUUCUGGACACUUAUUCACAGAAACUACGAAGGCUCAAUCCCAGCAGGCCUCAUCUUCCUCCCGGGAGAUAAAAUGUCGCUUCCUGGCUUUGGCUGGGCGCCCAACACCUGGAUGUCAGCAAGAGAUGAGAGUUAUCCAUAUCCACUAAGCAUGUGUGGGGAUCCGCAUGUCAUUCUUGGCAGCAAUUGGGGAAAGCAAGGUCUCACAUUCCCAAUUGACCAAUACAUCUCGGAGUGGUAUAAGGUGACAUCGAUUGGGCGAGGGCAGGCCGAGGACAGGGCGGCGCGCAAGGUACUCCCUCGCAUCUUUGCUAAUACAUCACCCGAGUUCGGUAUCAUCCUAUGCAGGCCAAAACCACGCGAGUGGCCCCCGGAGAUCGGGCUACUCGUUGAGAUCUACCGAGAGGCUUGGAAGCGUAAGGAACCCGAGCGCGUGAACCGAAAGUAUUACUAUUGCCAGGUGAUUCGGCGCGUCUGGGUUAGCCGCAUCCGAACUCCUGUGCUGCCCAAGGACUAUAAGCUACCCAGCGGCCGCACCGGUAACCCACCUAUUGGUGAACUCAUGCCAGAAAACACUCUAUGGUACGUUGAUGGCUAUCUGGAACACCGCAACCGCGGCAACCUGGGCCAGAGGCCACCACCACUGGUUUCAGAUGCCCGCGACAGUGCCAUUGACAUGGGACAUGUUAUGCCCAUCCAUGAAGAUAAACCCCAGACACAGUUCUUCUAA